AUGAGUCAAAAAAAAAAUAUAUUUUUCGGUAUAGUUUUGAUAUCUUUACUGAUCAACGCAUGCUUGUCUCAACAGCUAAGAAAGGAUGAAUUUAAAAGUAAGAUAAGCUAAAAAAUAUAGCAACUUUAAAAGGACCUAAGAGGUGAAUUAUAUGAUAAGAAUACUCACUUUACUCCUUUUCCUCCCAGAUUCGAUCAUUAAAAAGGACUAUAUGGAUCUUACAUUCAUGGAAAUAUCAUAGAUAAAGAUAACUCAUAUCUCACUCAUUUAAUUAGAACUAAUUUUAAAUGUGAUGAUAAUAACAUGUUUGUUAGUAAUUUUGUCUUAAUGGCUUUGCUAGACAGCUAUGAAUUAGGAACUAUUGAUCUCUAAUUAGAAGAAUUUGAGUGGACAAUAGAUGCUAUUUUGGAGUUUAGAGAUAAAAAUAAAGAAUAAGGAAUUCCUGUUUAUUCAUUUUGGUCAUAAAAACUUAUAAAUGGCACUUGGGGAGCUGCACCUAGCAAUUUAGAGCAUGUAGCUUAAUUGGCUGCUACUUUUCCCCCAUGGUUGAAGAAUUGGCUUGAUGCUAUAGGAUUUUCUUAUAUUUCUCAUGCCAGUGAUAUGUCAAAAGUAUUUAGAGUUCCUCCUGAUGCUGAUGAUAGUUCUGUAAAUGUUGCUUUAGGUUAAAGACUAAAAUAAUUCUAAUCUCUAACAAAAAUUGAAUAAAAGUGGAAUAAAAUGAAUUUUAAUACCAGUGCUUAUUAUGAAUUACUUAAAUAACACGCUUAUAGACCAUUUGCUAAUCUUACAGGAGAUUUAGAAAAGAAAUAUAAUAAUACCGAUAUAAUUGAUCCUAGAUCUUAUUUAGCUUUUUAUGAUUUUUUUGAUGAAUAAUACUAAAUAGCUUUAAAAGAAUAAAGAAAACCCGUUUUAAGCUUUUUUUCAACCUGGAUUUUAAACUAUGAAGAACAGGUAAAAGAUAUUGUUACAAUCCCCGCUUAAACCAAUAAUAUUGAUGUUUCUGUAAAUGCUAAUGCAAUAUUUGGUUUAAAUAACGUAUUAAUAAAUGAUAAAAAUGCAAGUGAUUACUUUGACCAAGAGCUUCAAGGAAUGUAUUUAAAUGUAACUAAUUUAAUUGCAUAUACUAUUAAAUCAGGUAGAGUUAUUCAAAGACCAGAUAUCGUCAUGCUUUACUAUCCUUCCAUUUUUGAUUUUUACUGGUUUGCUGCUAGAAAUGCUCACCUUUUAAAUUCUUAUGAUAGCGAAAUUAGAUUUGAAGUCAUGCGUUAAGCUAGAGAUUCUCUAAAUCAAGCCUUAAGAAAUUAAGGAACCUAGUAAAUUCUAAGCGAAAUAAAGUAUGAUAAAUAAGGUAAUGCAUACUGGGAUGAAUUUUUAGGAGAUUAUGCUGAUAAAGUUAGAGGAGAAGAUAGAAACUUCGCAUCUGCUUUAGCUUUAAAUGCACUUCUUGAUAUUUGGACUAUCAGUGAAAAGGAUCUAAAAACAGGUAAAGUUAUCAGAAAGUUCAUCUAAAACACACCUAAAAACGUAACCGAUGCCAUUGAUAAAGGAAUCUAAAAGAUCAUAAAUUACAAGCCAAAUUUCUUUGAAACUCAUGAUGAAAAUGUUUUCUUUUCUGGUAGUUUGAAAAACAAUGCUUCUAAUUAAAUGUUUAUGCCUAGUAAUUUUAACAAUUUUGCAAAUGGCACAUCUGUUAAUCCUCAUACCACAGAAUUUAAUUGGGAUUUCUUGAAAACCUUGAGAUUAGCAGUUAAAGGUUUUAUCCCUAAAGACUAAUAUGAAUAAAUGAUCUAAGAAACAUGGUUCCAAGAAUAAACACCAGUUGAUUUCCCUGGAUAUAAUGUUGGUGAAGGUUUUACCUUCCCAUAUUGGUCUUCACCUGCAAUAACAUAUUCAAUGUCUCUUUUAGCUCUUUCUAAGCAUAUUUCUAUAAUAAAUUGA